AUAUCUACUGAUAUUUUAAUUCUCUCUUUCUCUUGCUCAAGUACACAAAUCUAACAGUUCAGUGUCUUCACACACUACCCUUCUCUCUCUCUCUCUCUCACACACACACACAGUCGUAGAAGUAGAGCAGGCCAAAGAUGGGUUCUGUUUCACUGAAAAUAGGGGAUGGAACAGCCAGAUUCAAGAGGGCUACACUGUGUUCUUCGGCUGUGAAUGUGCUCAUGCUAUUCUCUGUUAUCACCACCAAUCUCUUUGCUUUGUAUGCUUUCACAUACUCUCCCAAGGAUCACCAAGCCCACCCAAUUCACCACGCUCACAACGGAAUCUCUCUAAUCUCAGAACACGUGUCUCAGAUCCUCAGAGAGAUCGAUUCGUCUCAGAAGAAGCUAGCCCAGAUGGAGAAAGAGCUCUUGGGUUAUGAAAGCAUCGAUCUUUCAAGACCCAACAUCGCGAAUGAGCUCAAACUCUUCCUCAACCACCACCAGCUUCCUCUGGGCAAGGAUUCAAGAACUGGGAUCACUGAAAUGGUGGCCUCUGUGGGUCAUUCUUGUGAGAAAUCUGUGGAUUUGCUGUCCCAGUACAUGAAUUACAAGGUCAAUGGACCAUGCCCAGACGACUGGAGCCUUGCCCAGAAGCUGAUUUUGCGAGGUUGCGAGCCAUUGCCGAGAAGAAGGUGCUUUGCAAAGUCAAUUCCUAAGGUGGGUCUUUAUACUUUUCCCAUUUCACUUUGGAAAAAUGCGAGUGAUAAGAUUUUUAGUUGGAGUGGUCUUGGUUGCAAGAAUAUAAACUGCUUAAAUGGCAAGAAAUUGAAUAGAGAUUGUGUUAAUUGCUUCAAUUUGGUUAAUGGGUUUGAGAAUCAAAGGCAUGUUAAGGCUAGAAGCAAGAAUGAUUUCCUCAUUGAUGAUGUAUUAGCUAUGGGAAGUGGUGGAAUCAGAAUUGGGUUUGAUAUUGGUGGUGGGUCUGGUACAUUUGCAGCUAGAAUGGCAGAGAGGAAUGUGACUGUAGUCACUAACACUCUAAAUAUUGAUGCGCCAUUUAGCGAAUUCAUUGCUGCGAGAGGACUUUUUCCUCUGUUCUUGAGUUUAGAUCAUAGAUUCCCCUUUUAUGACAAUGUGUUUGAUUUGGUUCACGCCGCAAGUGGAUUGGAUAUUGGGGGCCAGCCGGAGAAAUUGGAGUUCUUAAUGUUUGAUAUCGAUCGAAUUUUAAGGGCCGGUGGAUUGUUUUGGUUGGACAACUUUUAUUGUGCUGAUGAAGAAAAGAGAAGGGCUUUAACGCGGUUGAUUGAACGAUUUGGGUACAAGAAGCUGAAAUGGAUUGUGGGGGAGAAGCCAAAUGGAUCAGGAAAAUCGGAGGUCUAUUUGUCUGCUGUUCUUCAAAAACCAGUAAGAGUGUGAUGCAUAAGAUCUUUUACUGGAAACUGCAGGAGGUAUGAAUACUGUUAAUUGGACUAGUUUUUGUCACACAUAAUUUGUGUGACUUCAUUACUUGACAUGCUUAUGGAAUUUCUUUGCAAUGUGGAAUAAACGUGGCACAAUGGUUGUUUCUUUUCCCAACUGCUAACCAGCAGUAGAGGAUGAUGAGUUCGGUAAUUUUGUUGCCAUUUCUUCCUUUCUGUAAUAUUAUGUUAAUUAUCUGGUUUAUGAACUGUUAGGGAAUGAGAAACUCAUAUUGUAUUGUAGAAUUUAUUGAGGACUUGAUAUUUGAAGUUUUAGCACUGAAAUGAGACUUAUCUGGAUAAAUUUGCCAUUUGUUUUUUGUAAGAUACCUCUUUGUAACUGUAUUUCAUCUCUGAUAAAAUGUCUUUCAUAGGUA